UGUAAAUUUCAAACCAAAUUUGGAAACGUGAAUGGCAGUGACCGUAAAUUCUUGAAACUCAGAGCCUCAAAUAAUAACAAAGCGUAAGAAAGGCAACGAGGCUGAAACCCACUCAUUCUUUCCCUCCCGAAUGCCCCAAAAACCCAAAACCCCCAAAACUCCAAAUCGAGGAAGAAGAUCAACGAGAGAGAGAUAGAGAUCGCCGGAGAAGCGAUCCGAGGGAGGCCGUGGCGACGAUGGUGGCGGUGGAGGACCUUGCGCGUAAGCUCACACUAUGGGACACUCGGAGGUUUCGGCCGAUCAUGACGCACGACGACCUGGAACCGAUCAUGGAGACUGCUGGAUUUGUUCCGAUCCCAGCGUCGCUGACGCCGACCAACGGGAAGGUUAUUUGGAGAGAGUAUGUGUAUCGUGGUGGCGUCGUCACAAGGCCGGCUGGGCGGCAGCAGGCGGCGAUGGACACGGUUGUGCCGAGGCCGAGGCUGCCGUUUCCGAGGCUGGAUGGGCUUCAUCUGUAUGCGUACAAGGCGUUCUUCGUUGCGUUUGGUUUCUACGUCGGUGCCGAUCGUGUUGCCGAUUACUUCCACGUUAGGGCCAUGUCACUCAGUCGGGCUAAUGAUCGGGCAUUUGAUAGAGACUAUCGUCCAAUGAAAGAUUCAGAGAUGGAUGAUGAAGGGAUCAUUUUAUACCGAGAAAGCACCCGGGACCAAACCGCUGAGUCAUUAUCCAGCUAUGACAUCAACAAUACCAGUGAUACUGAUUAUGAGAAUUGCAACAAUGGCAACUCUGAUGGCAACAAGCAUAAUGAAAGCAUCAUUAGCGACAAAAACUCGACCAACUCAAUUUCCAUAGUCCAAUUGAAAGAAAUCCUCCCUCAGAAAUAUGGCUAGCUGUUGAUGAUGAAGCUUAGAUCGAGGGCAGCAUUGUCACCAUCAAGGAACAAACAGACACUGCUACUCAGCAAUCACCCCCUGAAAUUUUGAUGUUAAACCAUGAUUGAUUUUUUCAUUUUUUUUUUUUUUGUUUUUUGUUUUUCUAGGAAGCUAUUUUUCUGUUCUCAUUAUACAGAAAAUCAAUAGGACCAACCUAAAGGGAUUUGUGAA